AUGCUGUUAGCCACUAUAAAGGAAGAGAUUGAAAAACAAAAUGAUAAACAAACCCAAACCAUAACCGAGACUAUCAGCAAAACUAUUGAAGAGCAACUGUUAGCAAUAAAAAAGGAAAACGAAGCUAUGAAGUCUGAGAUUUUGCUACUAAGAUCGAAAGUAAAAUAUCUGGAACUUGAAACGAGGAAAAAUAAUGUCUUACUGCAUGGGGUUGAAGAAACCGAAAAUAACAAUCUAGAAUUAAUGAAUACUGUAAUAGAACUAUUCAACGUUCCUUGCACAACAGAACAAGCGGAGGAAGAGAAACACGACUGGGAUAAAUGGGAACUUAGCAGCAUAUACAGAGUUGGGAAAAAGACAGAAGGCAAGAUAAGACCUAUAAAAAUUUCAUGUACCCUAACAUGGAGAAGAAACGAAAUCUUGAAAAAGAAGAAAAAAUUCCUAGAAGGAGUCCACGUAACAGAAGAUCUGUCUAAAGAGGAACUGGAAGAAAGAAAGACUCUUAUCCCAAAAAUGAAGGAAGCCAGAGCAUCUGGAAAGUAUGCAACAAUAAGGAAUGGCAAACUAAUUAUACGAGACAAAAUGGAACCUGAAAAGAGGAAGAGAGCCCAAUCCACCCCACCUUCUACUCCCCCAGACAACUUCAGCAAAGCCCGUGGAGAACCCAAGUUAUACCAACCUGCUAAAAUGUCGAGAAUCAACCCAGCAGAAAGAAUGAGAAGCCAAUCAAAUUCGAAUACAGAGGAGACAUCAAAAAACUAG